CGAAGAAGUCGGGUGCCGUUCAGUCGCUGUAGCACGGAGAUUAUGGCGUAGAAAAUAGUCCGUAAACAUGGACAAAAAGAAAAAGCCCUUCAAUGUGACCGCUUCAUCGCUAGUGGAUCUUAAAGCUGAACUGUACAGAAAGCAAGAACAAUUCAAACAGGAAAAGCUCGGGCAAGAAAACGCUGGUGCUGGAUUCACAUCAAAAUCCAAAGUCCAGAAGCCAAAUGUCUGGAGCAAACAAAAUGCUGGUGUUUCAGCAAGAGCUGAGAAAGAUGCAGAGCAACUGUCUGAGGAGCAGAGGAGCCUAGAUACAGCAAAACGGAGGUUGGAGGAGAAGGCUAAGCUCUAUGAGCAAAUGACAAAAGGAGACUUUCCAGAUGAAGAGACAGAGGGUCUGUUCCUGGUUGACUUCACCCAGAAGAUUAUUGACAAAAAGAGGGAAACACUUGCGCAGAAAGAAAGAGAUAAUGAGGAAAUAGACAACUCAUCUCCUGUCCCCCCGCCUCAAAACCCAGAUGAGGAAUGGGUGGAUUACGUGGAUGCUUUAGGCCGAUCUCGAAGAUGCAUGAAGAAAGACCUGCCAAGUUUUAAGAAAAUGGACCAAGAAUUUCAAGGAAAAGGGAACUUCUCAGCUGACAAGACCUUACUCUCGGAAGACAUGCGUCGAGAGCUUCAAAGGCAGGAGUGGGAAAGGGAGGAAGAGGAGGCGAUGAAGAAGCCUGUUGGACCGAUCCACUACGAGGAUAUCAGGGGACAAGAGGCUCGGGAGCUCGGUGUGGGUUACUUUGCCUUCUCUCAGGACGGAGAGCAGCGCAGAAAGCAGAGGGAAACUCUGGACAUGCUCAGAGACCAGACAACAGAGCAGCGCACUAAGAGAGAGCAACUGAAGAAUAAGAGGCAGGCCAUCCUGCAGGCCCGACUGGCCAAGGUGAGGCAAAGGAAGAUGAAGAAGGCAAAGAUAGAUGGCACAGAGGACGAGCACAGGGAGGAGGAGAAUGAAGGAGAGGAGGGGGAAGAUGAAUUAAUAGGACCCUCGCCUCCACCAGAGGACUUCCCAGAGGUCAGCAUAAUCAAGAAGGUCGAAGUGGAGAUCCAGGAAAGGAGGGACACCAAACCAGGAGUUCCUCAUGUCAGAGAAUGGGACAGAGGCAAAGAGUUCAUGUUUAGCGAAUGGAAAAGUAAGCGUCGCGACGAGCGAGAUUCAGAAUUUGCACCUCCCUCUGCGUACUUUAAUGAGGGGAAGAGACAAAAACCAGGACAGAAUAAAAUUCAGGAGAAUGAAUCAAAGGUCCCCUUCAAGUGGACCAAAGGCCCAGGAGGAAACUCUGAGUGCAAGGAGGAGCCACAAUCUAAAACUGCUCCCUCACCUCCUCAACCCCAACAAAACCCUCCACCUGCUUCACAAGCACAGACCUCGUCACAGUCAUCAGCUGCAGAUCCCCCAGCACACUCAGCUCCUGUAUCUGCUCCCCCUUUUAGUCCUCAGUAUCCCCCUCCUCCAUUUUAUCCUCCGUUUCCUCCUCCUCCUCAGUUUGCCGGACCACCUCACCUGCUUCCUCCAUUUCCCCCACAGUACCCGAACCAGUACCUACCCCAGUACCCCCCUCAGUAUCCAUCUCAGCAGCCCCCCCCACCUGCAGACGCCCAGCAGCCUGCACAGAGUCUAGAUGACAUGCUCUCUUUCUACAGGAACUCUUCCUGAUCCUUUAAAUAUUGUGUUUGCUGUGUCGUUGGUUCCUAUUGUGGGUUUUCUUUUUUGGAGGAAAUUGCAGAAAGAACAGAAGCUCUCAGCUCCUUGAAGUUUUAGGAUUUAAUAAAUACCAGGAAUUUCACUGCA